UGGUAGCGUUAUCUGCGAAGUUCAAGGCUCAAUUCAAUGCACUCUAGUAAUGUGAGACUUGUACACCAGAGCUAGCUAUAGGGUUUAUUGAAAUAAUACACUUCUUAAGUGUACCUUAAGAACUUAUUUUUAAUUUAUGUAAAGAUUUACUAAGGUAACCUCCAGAAAGGAACGCGUUACGAGCACCAACACAUCGUCUAUUCUGUGUAAAUGGAUGGAGUACUGCUACUGCUAGCAGGUUUAUAGAUUUAACAUAAUGGCAAACACCAAUGGUCUAGGUACAAUUAAGGUUGGAAGUGUUUCGGAACUUGCCAACCUUCUUACUGGCAUGUCACCAGAACAAUUGCAAAAUGUCAGGUUGGAUCCAACACUUUAUAAUGCGCUCUCCCAAACAAUCAAUCCUGCAACACAAGUGGAAAAUGCAGACAUUUUCGAUAUCCAACCAUCAAACUCUGUAAUUCUAUCAGAUAACGGUAUAAACCAAGUGCUAACAGAAACUGUUGCUGCAAUAAAUCAAGGAAAUGCUACAAGUCUUAUUGAAGCAAUUUCAAUCAAUGAACCAGUAACUGUAAUAAGCACAUCCAACCAAAAGGUAAUGACAACAAAUUUUGUUUCAAGUCAGUUAGUUUCACAACCAUUAAACCAACCACUUCCAAUACUUUCCUCAGUUGAUCAUGUGCAACCAUUUUUUUUGUCACCAAUUGAAGCUUCAGUUGUCAAUAAUCUACAACAGGAGAAUCAACCACUUAUUAUAUCAAAUAUGAACCAGUCCACCUUACUUGGUGUUGCAAAUGGCCAACAUUUAUCAAAUACACAAACACCUAUCAAUUUGCAAGGGAUAUUACCAGGUCAAGGCUCGUCAUUAAUUGUCACUCCUACAGUUAUGUCACAAGUGCAACCUACAGCCACUAUACAAACACUAAAGUUCACAGAUAUUGUUGAAACUUCAGAUUCUACAGCUCUAGACGUUAAUUCUCACUUAAUAAAUCAAUCUUACAUCACUACUACUGAUCCCAUGCAAACAUUUAGCUUGAAUAAUCAAGUCAUCAACACUUCAUUAUCCAACAGCAUCUUGCCAAGCACUGUCAAUAUUAAUCCGACUAUUGUUGCAAACACGUUACAAAGCACUAAUGCUGUAAAUAAUGCAGUAAUACCUAAUUUAAUUAAUGUAUCUCAAGGUCAACAGAUUGUUAUCAAUGGAGGUACCAUUGUUGGUAAUAUGCUUCCAAACACAGUGCCUACCCAGCAAAUGCUAGUUCCGGGUAUUGUGGAGACAGGGCAACAAGUUCUUGUUAAUGAAAUGCCUCAACAAGCAGUUUUGAUUCCAGAAUCACAUCAGCAAGUUAUGGUUAAUGAAAUUCCACCACAAACAGUUUUUGUGCCAGCCCAAUCUCUCAACCCCAAUCCAACUACUGCCAAUCCUAUAUUGCUUUCUAAUAAUCUAGCUGGAACUGGGCAACUAGUUCUAAAUACAUCUCAACCAGUCAUAACAUCACCACAAAAUAAUACACUUCAACCACAAAUAAAUGUGGGUGGCAAAACAGCAUCAGCUAAUAUAAUAUUUCAAAAUGGCACUAAAUUAGCAUUGUCUGCGCAACAGUUUGCAAGUUUACUGAAAGGUAAACAAGGAGAUUUUAUGCUUCCUGUCAAUCCGAAGAAAGUUCCCCAGUCUUUGAAUCAAUCGAGCAUUUCUGUGAAAUCUACAAGAAGCAACAUCAAGACAUCGAUUGUGAGAAAACCUGUUGUUGUUACUUCCACUUUCAGUACAAAGUCCAAACCAAAUAUUGUUGUCAAAACGGUUAAUGUGAUAUCCAAGCCAGAAGCACAUGUCGUGCAAAUGAAACCAAAGAGUGUGGAACAAGUGCAACCAGGUGUGUUCAAGUUCCAAUUGACAGCAAUUGACGAUAACGAUAAAGGUCAAGAUGGCUCAAAUAUAGUUAAUGUUAGUAAGAUGGUAUCAACAACAAGAAUUUUACAACCUGUAUUAAAACAGAAUAUCGUUGAAGGUAAAAAACACAAAUUUCACGACUACAGUUUACCUAAAGAUGGAGCCUCAUGGAAAUCUAGUGUUCCAUCAAUCAACCCUCCUGGACCAUCCAAUUUAGGUGAAAUUAAGAAAAACAUGUUGCCAUCUCCAAGUAAGAACCAAAAGUCAGCAUCAACCUCAAAUACUUCUAAAACGGUAAAUCCAACAUCAGCAAAAACAACCAGCAACAACAACGAAAUGUCGACUGCUAAAUUGCUUGAAAUUGCUAAGAAAAUCAAUGUUAAAAGUUCAACAUCAUUACUAAAUGUUAAGCCUAUAUCUGGUAGCAAUUCAGUAUCUACUGGAAGUAGUACUUUCAAACAAUUACCUGGAUCAAAGGCGAAUAUUGUGAAAGCAAAACUUAAGACCAAUCACAGCAGUAUCACACCUGUUAAUUUUCCAGCAACCGCAUUAGUUAGGAAACCUCAAACAGAUUCAGUUUUUGUUAGAGUUACGAAAAAUAAUACAAGUCGGUCAACAGCUACUGUUGAACUAAUCAAGACAAGUAGUAGUAGUGUCAUGGCUUCUGCAAAAGCAUCAUCGGAAAGUUUAAUCAUACAAAAACAUGCUGAAAAAAUACAAACAUCAACAUCACCUAGGAAAGAGCCGAUAAAAAUAUUAACAUCUCCAGAAAAAACUUCUCCUAAACAGGUUGUCAGUUCUGUUAGCACAGCUAAAAAAGAUAACUUACCAAAAACACUGGCCAAUUCUAAUAGCCAAAAAAGGCGAUCCAACUCUAUAGAUAGGGAACUUGAAGAGCCUUUGGAUCAUCAACUGGAGUGUAACGAACGGGACUUUGUGUCUCCUAGUGAAAGUCCUCUAAAGACAUUAACAUUAUUUAAUCGUAGUUUUAAAAAAACAGGAUCAAGUCAAGUUGAAAACAAAACUACUGAAGUUGUUACCACUUGUACCGAUGCAACACUUUCUAAAGAAGUGACUGAAAUUAUAUCUUUUCGUGAAGCUAUUCAGUCAUCCAAGGUGGGUGGUGAGGAAGCCAUGAGACAGUUAGCAAAACUAGAGAUCGAAAACCAGCUGAAGCGAUUUCAUAAGAGUGUUGAAAAAAAUGACGAUAAGACAGCAAAUACCACAAAACAAAGCGAUCAGAAAAAGAUGUUGAGCUGUAAAAAAACACAUGUAAGCACUGCUGGUGAACAUGAAAGAAAAUCACUGAAAGUCAUUGAAGAAACUGAUUGUCUGAAUAAAACUAAUGCACCGAAUGCUAGUCUAACAUCUAACCGUCCUGUAAAAGAAGUCCUUAUUAAGGAGAAAGAAGAACUUGAGGAAGUAACAAAGAAAAAUAAUACCAAAAGUGUCGACACUACCAGAGUAAAUGUUGCCAAAAUGAAAACAGCAAAAGUGAAAAUUAUGCAAGCAAAAUGUAACUUUGAAAGUAGAAAAAGGGAACGGCCUAAAAAAUUUGAUGAUUUUGUUCUUCCCGUUAAACCAAAGAAAGAGAAAAAAAGUAGAAAGUUUUUCUUCCCGAAAUGUGAAGAUGAGGAAAGUAACAAAGACUUGAGUCUUGAUUCAAAUGAACCAAUAAUCAACAAGUCCAUGGAUUUGACAGAUCAUGCUGAAACAACCACAGAGAUAUCAACCAGUGUCCAAGAGCGACAAAUUAGUAAGAUUUCUGAUAACAAAAACGAAAAUAUAAAUAAAACAACAAACUCCAAAAAAAUACCAAAAAAACGUAAGCACAAGCAACACCAGUUGGCAAUCGAACCAGAAGUUUUACCCGCACAUCUAAAAACGAAACCUAAAAAAAGAGUGCUUGAGGAUGCUGUGAUUGACCUAACAAAAGUGAGAUUAAAAAGUGCUUUUGCAGAAACUGUGUUUACUUUGAAUGACACUGUAGAAUAUAAGACAUACAAGUUAUUGUCAAAAUCAAAGUGCGUGUGUACACUGUGUGGCAAGCCGGGGAAUCUCGGCAAUUUGGACGUUUUGUUUGGGCCAUAUAAAUUAAAGGUCAGAACUAAAGAUGUUUCUAAAAACAUUGUUAUGAAUGUGUGGGUGCAUCGUGAUUGUGCGAUAUGGACAUCCAGUGUUUGUUUAUCCAAUCAGAUGCUGUGUGGCUUGGGCGAUGCAUUAGAAACUGCAGCCAGAACAGCAUGCGCACUGUGUUCUCAAGUGGGUGCAACAUUGGAAUGUGGUUUUAAACAGUGCAGAGAUGGCUACCAUUUUGUUUGUGCAAAGCAGAGAGGUUGCUCGUUUAAAAUGGAGAAUUUUACAAUCGUUUGUCCGAAACACAGAUAAAUGUACAGCUCUAAAUGAAAAACCUGGUCGAUGGAUGCUGAAUGCGUUAUCUGCCCUACACUAAAAACCGUCCGUCGAACGUUUUCCAAUCUAUAUCACAUUUCACAUUUUGGAAAAUAUGUUUAUACUUGGACUUUUUUUAUUUGCUUGCUUUGUAUCUAGCUCUAUGGAAUUUCUCUCCGCGGUACUUUAAAUGUUGGGACGACAUAUUAACGCCCGUGGUAAAUACGCCUUCGAUGUUAGCUAUUGCACCUUUAUUAUAUACGCCUUUAUCAUUUACGCCCCGACUUGCGCCAGACAAAUGUUGUGUCACCAGGGUGUUCACGGCUUGCAUAGCUUGAACUCAUUUUACACCUUAAGAGCUAUGUUGACUUACUUGACUUCACGCUAAAUAAAAAUGCUGUUUAUACUGAUUUAAGAUAAACGCAUACUAAGUACCUAAAACGUAUCAAUUUUCGCGAGAUUAUGAAAUACAGGUUUUUUGUGCGUAUUAAAUUUCGCGAAUCAAAAAUGUUUAUGCAUGUAUCGUUGUCACUUACUUUUUGGCUAUUCAUUAGGUGUUUUUGCAAAAGAAAUUCUCGAAACGCGUUGUAAUUUACGAAACCCGCGAAAAUUAAUACGUUCCGAAAUAAGAACAUUGCUAUUGUGGAUUGAAAUGUUCUUCAUGAAAAUUAAGUGUCACGGAAUUUAACGAAAAAUCAGGAAUACUUACUUAAUUUUUGUAGAAACAAGGCAAAAUGUGGGAGCUAGGGCAUAACUAAUAUAAACGAUGUCAACUGAUAUCUAAUCAGGAGAAUGUUUAGACGAAUCUGUUCAGUAAUAUUGAUUACCCGUCCUUACCCCAAAUUGCUCAAAAACCCCAGCAUCCUUGGAAUAGGGUAUAAUAUCUGGAAUGUAUUAAGAGUAAAUCAAGGAAAUUCAGCCUAAGAUUUUAGCAAACAACCUGAAUGUACAACAAAUGGGUAGUCCAAGUUUUUUCAAACUCUUUGUAUCACUAGGACUAACGAAGUCAGCAAAACAUACCUCGAAUUAAAGUUGCGAAGGACUUUAAGGACACUGUAUAUGAGUUUUAAAGUGAUUUCUUAACUGUGAUAAAUCAAAAUCUGUCCACAUAAAACUGACAAAACUAUCCCAAGCUUAGCUGUAAAAAAGUAGGAGACUCGGCGACAUUUUUUAAAGCGCAGUUCUCUCAAACCUGCUUCUUAUUCCAUGUGUUUUCCGUUUUAUUAAUUGUAAUUUGUCGAGUUCACGUGUAUUUGUAUUAUGAUAUAUUUAAAAGUUGAAAUAAUUUAAGAUUUCUGUUGUGUUAAAUUUUAUACGAAAACUUAUACAUGUAUUGAAAAUGUAUUUCCAAGCAGUUUUAUACAAAGAAUUUCACAGAAAUCAUCUGCGAGUCUGAUGAA